AUGGCAUCGCUGAGAGCAUCUUUAACGUCCCCCUCCACAUGUAAUUACAGCGAUGGCUGAGGGAGAUGCGGUCGGUAAUCAAUAGGCGCUUGCAGGUACGCGCUGCUGCCUCUUCACACGCGCGCGCACACGCACACUGUCUCGCUUGUUUUCUUCCUCAGCGCUGGAUGUGAGACGUCAGCGUCACCACCGCAGCCCGUAGACACACACAGCCUGCGGCCACACAUUUUACCACCGCGUCUGGAAGAAGCGAAGCCCGGGUAGCGCAACAUAUUGGCACGCGAACAUUUCCCCGUUGCGUUAUCACCUUUCUGCGGAGACCAGAAAAGGCCACUCCAUGACAGUCUCGCGUCGCGCACAACGUCUUUGCGCAUCCCACAGCAGCGGCGUCUCAUCUCGGAAUUGCUGAAAAUACUAUAAGACAUUACACAACAGUGAAUGCAUCGCGCUAGACCUGCUAUGACCGCAGGGGUUCAUGGAAUGGCUCGCUGGGGGUUGUGUGGGGUUUUAUUCGGGCUGCUGAGGCUCAGCUCGGCUUGUCCUGUGUCGUGCUUUUGCAAUGCCUCGAGGAUCUCGUGUAUCGAUCAAGAACCAGGGAUCGAGGAUUUCCCUGUCUUGGUGCCGGAGUCUGACAUGGAAAACAUCACGGAUAUCUAUAUCUCAAAUCAGAAAAGGCUAUAUACAAUCACUGAGGACCAUAUGAAGUUCUACUCGAAUCUCAGGAAUCUAACAGUGACCAAUACUCACCUGACAUAUGUAUCUACGAUGGCCUUCUUCAACAAUUCCAAACUUCAAUAUCUGAAUCUCAGAGACAAUAACCUAUCAACACUCUCUUGGAUGGCAAUUCGUAAUUCAAACCUGUCGACUUUGUUGCUCUCUGGGAACCCUUUGCAAUGUGCAUGUGAGAACAUCUGGAUCAAAGUCUGGUUGGAUGAUAGUGAGAGAGAAGUUCUGCAGUGUCUACAGGAAGGAGGAAGAGCAAAAGCCCUCUCCAGACUCACUCUUCCUUCAUGUGAGUACCCACGUGUUGAGGUCAUCCCUGCUGUAGUCAGUCAAAUGGCAGGAAGUGAUGCUACUGUGAUAUGCAGUGUGUCUGGAGCCCCGACCCCUGAGCUCUUCUGGAGCUUAAAUUCUAGUGAUCACCCUCCUCUCUCAACCAGCCAUGAGAUCAGCAAAAUGGAGCUGCAGUCUGCGCUGUCUCUAAGUGGACUUUCUCCUGAUGACAACGGCAGAGAGCUCACCUGCAGUGCCGAGAAUAUUGUGGGCCAGAAUGAGGCUUCAGUCCUUCUCAAUAUUCUUUUUCCCCCUACUAUAGUGCAGCUGUACCAGCCUGUGUUGAACCAGGACUGGUGCAUCCCUUUCACUGUGACGGGCAACCCGAAGCCUGAUCUACACUGGUACCAUGAGGGAAAGCUGCUGGAGGAGCAGCAGUACAUCAGGACUGAAAUCCAUGAAAUCACAGAUACGGAGUACCACGGCUGUCUGCAGCUGGUCAUUCCCACACACAUUCAUAAUGGCAUUUACACUCUGGUGGCCAGCAAUGAGUUCGGAGAGGACAGCGGAAACGUGUCGGCACACUUCAUGCACAUACCUGAUGUGGACCACUCAGGGACAGAGGGAGUGUUCUAUUAUGACACAACAUUUAGUCCAGAAACCCCACCACUGGAGGACAAAGUUGCGGUUUACAUUGUGGUUGGGAUAGCUGGGGUUGCUUUAACUGGAUGCAUCCUUAUGUUAGUUUUCCUCAAAUAUGGUAGAAGCUCCAAGUUUGGUAUGAAAGGAUCCUCAUCUGUCAUCAGUAAUGAUGACGACUCGGCCAGCCCGCUCCACCACGUUUCCAAUGGCAACAACACGCCAUCAUCCUCAGAGAUGGGCCCAGAUGCCGUUAUUAUUGGAAUGACAAAGAUUCCAGUCAUCGAGAACCCCCAGUACUUCCGCAACCCUGGCAGUAUGCUGAAAUCGGACACUUUUGUCCAACACAUAAAGCGUCACAACAUUCUGCUAAAGAGGGAGCUUGGAGAAGGCGCUUUUGGGAAAGUGUUCUUGGCUGAAUGCUACAAUUUGUCUCCUGACCAAGAGAAGAUUUUAGUGGCUAUUAAGACUCUGAAAGAGGCCAGUGAAAGUGGGCGAGCAGAUUUCCACCGAGAGGCGGAGCUCCUGACCAACUUGCAGCAUGAUCACAUUGUCAAAUUUUAUGGCGUGUGUGUAGAAAGUGACCCCCUCAUCAUGGUGUUUGAGUACAUGAAACAUGGGGACCUCAACAAGUUUCUCAGGGCUCAUGGUCCAGAUGCGGUGCUGAUGGCGGACGGACAGCAGAGUUUGUUGGUGGAGUUGACUCAGCCUCAGAUGCUGCACAUUGCUCAGCAGAUAGCAGCAGGCAUGGUGUAUCUGGCUUCACAGCAUUUUGUGCACAGAGACUUGGCCACACGUAACUGCUUGGUGGGAGAGAACCUGCUUGUCAAGAUAGGAGACUUUGGCAUGUCCAGAGAUGUGUACAGCACCGACUACUAUAGGGUGGGUGGUCACACCAUGCUGCCCAUCCGCUGGAUGCCCCCAGAGAGCAUCAUGUACAGGAGAUUCACCACGGAGAGUGACGUUUGGAGUCUGGGUGUGGUCCUUUGGGAAAUCUUCACCUAUGGCAAGCAACCCUGGUACCAGCUCUCAAACAAUGAGGUGAUCGAGUGCAUCACACAGGGUCGGGUGUUGCAGAGACCUCGUACUUGCCCCAAAGAGGUGUAUGACCUAAUGCUGGGCUGCUGGCAGAGGGAGCCCUACAUGAGACUCAACAUCAAAGAAAUCCACAAUCUGCUCCAGAGCCUGGCCAAGGCAUCGCCUGUUUACCUGGACAUCCUGGGCUGAUCCGUUUGCCAGUAUGGGUGUGUAAUUGUUAGUAAGAAUGAGUGUGUGAAUGCAUGGUAUAAAUGGAGUAAGGGGUGGAAUAUAAUUUGAGUGAUUGAAUAUACAUGUGUGUGUGUGUGUGUUCAUAAAAAUGGCUUGUGCUUCAGCCUUCUCACCACAUAGACUAAAGGCCUUAAAGUUGACUGUGUGCAUUGCUUUGAGUUUUUCCACGUCUGGACAUGUUCAUAUCUGUACUGCAUCAUUGUGUUUUCUAAAAACCCCAAAUGGUCUACAGGCGGAAACAUCUGAUUGUUGUAAAUAUGCGUCAGAGACAAUGUAGACCUUUUGUUUAAGAACCUUUUUGAAAAAGGUAAGUCAGUUUGGGAAAGUUUACACUUGUUUUUCUGUCACCAUUUGUUUAUCGAGAUGGACAAAAUUUGGACUUGAUGAGGACCCAGUCAUUAGCACAACGCUGAUGACGCCCUGGCGACAUUCUGGCAGAUCGCAAUACUAUUCAUACCGCAAAUUAUCGAGUAACAAUCAUGGAACUGCCAUUCAUGUUUCAUUUUGAUUUUUUUUUCAACACAUCUGGUCUAAUUUUAGACUAUUCUGUGCCAAGUUUUGAUGUCUAACGCUGAGGUUGAUGAAAGGCGUUUUUGGACGUCUCAGUGCACCCCAUCGAACUCAGUGCAAACUUUGUAAUAGAAGCACAGCGACAAAGACGCCUCCCAUUUUGUUUUCCUUAGGAAGAGGCUUGAGGUUGGACACAGAGUGUUUGGAGUGAGCACAGAGACAAAGUCACCAGCAGUGGCACUGAAGUAUUUACUCAGAAUUUGUUUGGCUCCCUGGCCAUAUGCGCUGAAGUUCUGAUUCAAAGGGCACUUGUCUCUCAAACUGUGGUUCGAAGAACAACGGGAGAGAUGCUGUUCUUGUCUUUUUUUUUAACCUUAGGGUGCUUACACACUAGAAAAUGAUCUGAUGGACUAGCCAUCCAUCCAGGGUAUUUCCCUGCCUUCGGCCCAAUAUGCUGGGAUAGGCUCUCCCUACAUAGGACAAGAUGGAUGGAUAUGGAGAAUGGAUGGAUGGAAAGAACUGGGGCAGUUUGAAAUCAAGCUGGAAAUACAGUCAAUUGGAUUUCUGAAAGCACAACUGGACCCGCCUCCCUGGGAUUCUCAUUGGUCUACGGAUGCCUAUGUCAGAGCCAAAUUCAAAAUUCUCUCCACUUUUCGUCACAUAACAGAGCAUCAAAAUCGACAAAUUCCCAGCGUUCGCCGACAUAGCAUAAACUAGUGUGUAGGCGCCCUUAAUCAUCAUCAUGUUGCAAUUUGAUGGACCUUGCCUUUGCAAAGACUGAAAUUUUUUUCUUAACUGUUCCUGGGGAGAACAAACCAUAGAUGUUGUCCAUAAUGCAACAAACCUGCCUGAACAGCUGGAUUUUAUUUGCUCUCUGAUUAUUCAUUAUUAUCUGUUUAUGUAACAACUGCGAAAUAACUGCUAAAUAAUAUGUGUAUGUGAUCAUCUAUGAUCGAUUUGUUUUCGAUGUAUUGUGGUCCGUUUCAAAGCGAUGGGCUUGGUGGGCACUGUGAAGUGAAUGUUCAUGUGAGAAUGGCACAAGUCGUACUGUCCCUGAGGUCACGACAGGAAGACCCUAUGAAGGGACCGUCCCGAUUCAACUUGUAUUUCAACCCCACCAUACAAGUUACCAGAGGAGGACUACAAAGGACUGAACGGAAACUAAAAUUGUCAUUAUCAUAUGACAUUAUACAAUGCUUUUGGAAAGUAUUUAGAAACUGUCAUUUUUUCACAUUUUAUCAUGUUGCAGCCCUAUGAAAAAAAUUCACAUCAGUCAACACUCCUAAUCCAAUAAUGACAAAGAAAAAAACAAAUUUGUGAAAACUUUCCAAAAUUUUUAAAAAAGAAAAAACUGAAAUAUCACAAUGAUUUAAGUAUUCAGACCCUUAACUUAGUACUUGGCAGAAUCACCUUCGACUGCAAUCACAUCCUCGAGUCUUUUUGGGUGUGAAGUCACAAGCUUUGCGCACCUAGAUUUAAGGAAUUUCUGCCAUUACUCUCUGCAAAUUCAUUCAAGCUCUGACAGGUUGGAUGGGCACUGUUGGUGGACAGAGAUUUUCAGGUCUUUCCCGAGAUGUUUGAUUCACUGAGUUCAAUUUUAAGCUCUGGCUGCGUCACUUGAGUACAUUCACAGAGUCGUCCCUAAGCCACACAUUUGCGUUGUCUUGGCUGUGUGCUUAGGGUCAUUGUCCAGUUUGGAGGUGAACCUUUGGAUCAGUCCGAGGUCUUGAGGGCUCCGGGCCAGGUUUUCAUUAAGGAUAUCUCUGUAUUUCGCUGUUUUCAGCUUUCCCGCCACCUUGACCAGUUUCCACCCUGCUUUCGAAAAACACCCCCACUGCUUCACUGUUGGGAUGGUAUUGCACAGGUGACAAGAGGUGCCUGGUUUCCUUCACAUGUGUUGCUCAGAAUUGAGGUUCAUCAGACCAGAGAAUCUUGUUUCUCAGUCUGAGAGUCAUUUAGGUGCUUUUUUUUUGUGGCAAAUUCCAAGUAUGCUUUUAUGUGUCUUGCACUGAGGAGAGGCUUCCGUUUAGGAAUUAUAGAGGCCAUUGGGCUUUUAGGGACCUUCAAUACAACAGGAUUUUUUGUAGCUUAGUCUCUGAGCUCUGCAGUCAGUUCAUUUGACCUCAUGGCUUGGUUUUUACCCUGAUAUGCAUAUUCUGUUAGUUAGACCUUAAAGGGAUAGUUAACCCAAAAAUUUAAAUUUGCUGUUAAUUUCAAAUCACCCUCAGGUCAUCUGAGAUGUAGGUGAUUUUUUAUUUCUUCAGAAGAACAACAGAUUUUUAGCUGAAACUGCAGUUAUCUGUGAUUCCUAUAAUGGAAGUCAAUGGGUGCCGUCACUGAGAUAAAAAACAAAAAAAAACUCAUGCAGACAAAACAAAACUAAAGGGUUAGUUCACUCAAAAAUGAAAAUAAUGUCAUUUAUUACUCACCCUCAUGUUGUUCUAUACCCGUAAGACCUUCAUUCAUCUUCAGAACAACAAAUUAAGAUAUUUUUGAUGAAAUCCAAUGGCUCAGUGAGGCCUCUAUUGCCAGUACUGAACCUCUCAAGAUUUAGAAAGAUACUAAAGACAUAUUUAAAACAGUUCAUGUGAGUUCAGUGGUUCUACCUUAAUAUUAUAAAGAGACGAGAAUACUUUUUGUGCGCCAAAAAAACAAAAUAAUGACUUUUCAACAAUAUCUAGUAAUGGCUGAUUUCAAAACACUGCUUCGAAGCUUUACGAAUCUUUUGUUUUGAAUCAGUGGUUCGGAGUGCCAAAGUCACAUGAUUUCAGUGAACAAGGCUUCGUUUACACGAUCCGAACCACUGAUUCGAAAUAUGUCUUUAGUACCUUUCUGAAUCUUGAGGUUCAGUGACAUUGCUGGCAAUAGAGGCAUCAAAAAUAUCUUAAUUUCUUCGGAAGAUGAACGAAGGUCUUAUGGGUGUAGAACGACAUGAGGGUGAGUAAUAAAUGACAUUAUUUUCAUUUUUGGGUGAACUAACCCUUUAAUACCUGUGGCUCCUGACGAAACAUUGGGGUCUUAAGAAGCAAAACGCAACCUAUAUAAAAAUAAGAUUACGCUCACUUGCGUGAUCUCAGUUGGGAAGUUUGCCUUUUCACAAAUUCCCAAUGUUUGAGCUCAUACGUCUUUAUGCGUCAAGAAGCUUGUGUUUCAGACUGCUGUGAACGCACUUAGGUGUUGUAAAUAAUGUUACGUUUCUUGCUCAGAGCGAUCGUUUUGCUUCUUAAGACCUCAGUGUAUCAUCAGGAGCCGCAAAUAUUAAUUUUGUUUUGUCUGGAUAUGUUUUUUUGAAUCUCAAAGUGAUGGCACCCAUUGACCUCUAUUACAUGAAUAACCGAGGACCACGGUUUCAGCUAUAAACCUUCUUUAUUGUUCUACUGAAGAAAAAAAGUCACCUACAUCCUGGAUGGCCUAAGGGGGGAAUAAAUUAACAGCAAAUAUUCAUUUUUUGGGUGAACUAUCCCUUUAAAUAGACAUGUUUGUGCAUUUCCAAAUCAUGUCCAAUCAAUUCAGUUUGCCACAGGUGAACCCCAGUCAAAGUGUAGAUAUAUCUCAAAGAUGAUACAGAGAAAUGGGAUGCAACCUGAGCUAAAUUUCAAGUGUCUUAGCAAAGAGUCUGAAUACUUAUGUCAAAUUGUGAUAUUUCAGUUUUAUAUUUUUAAUAAAUUUGAGAGGCCCAUUCAGAGUUAUCCCCAUCACAUACUAAACUGACAUUAAAGAAUUAGCGGCGAAAAAAGCUGAAUGUGUUGUCACCUCGUAUCAUCUGUGUUUGGGCCAAAAAUGUGAGCUUGAACACAACAGCCAACUAGCUCCUCUUAUGUUCUGUGCCUGCAUGAGCGGAAAUAACUGCUUAUACCAGCAGGUGGCAGUAGUCUAUAUUCAUCAUUCGUGCUUGCUUACAAUUUUGAGUAUGAUUCAUGUUGAUCAGUUUGUCUUCACUUUCUUCAUUUUAGAUGGUCGUUGUAAAAGCCCUGUGCAAUCGCACACCCCAUGUGACGGUUCUGUUAUGUGGUAUGGAGUGUAGACUGAGGUAAAAAAAACUUAAGCUUUUAGAUUAAAGGUUAGGUCACAUUUACCACUGUGAAUUUUUGCAGAAAUCCAGUCACUUCAAUUACAAGUGAUUUCCCCCACGCAGAUUUCAGAGUUCGCUGCAUCAAAAGCUGCUUGGUUUGAAAGUGACUAGCUCUGACUAGCUAGUGACUAGUGAGCUGUAUUUCAUACAUCACUACAUUAUUGAAAAUGGACAUUUUUUUGUCCAAGAUAUUUCACUACUGUGACUGUACCUUAAGGGUGAAACAAAAAAAUGAAGGAAUCUAAAUACUUUCUGAAUGCACUGUAGGUAUUUCCAUAGUGGAGUUUGCUAAGGCAAGCAUCACUAUUACUGUUGUUCAUACUUAGGGCUUACUUUAAUAUUACACAAAGUACACAUCUGAGGCCAAUCAAAACUAAAUCUCGUUGAGUUCCUCAACCUGACUAUCAUUACUGUUGACUAACUCCAGGGCUACAGUACUCGACUUGUCCUCCUCUGCAGGAGUAAAUUUCUUUCUUUUUUUCCCAAUUCAGAUUGAUGGGGCUCCUCGUGGUCCCCAGCAACACAUUUUGCACCAACUGACUGAUUCUUCAGGGUGUGAAGUACUGGAGAUGUGUUGCUUUGAAAGCGUCUGUAUAUAUGCAAUUAGACUGUAAAUAUACAUGAGCAGGAUCAAUCAUUCUUUGUACACUGAUGUCAAAAAAAUCUUUCCAAACAGUCCAUUGGCAGGACCUACUUUUAACAGCCGACAUCACGAGUUUGUCGAACAGUGUCCAAUCGAGUCAAGUGUCGGUCAUUGCGGUCAUGAUCUUUUGAGCAGUGACUUAUGACCUCUUAGAGCUUUGCACUUUCUUUAUAGAUGUACUGCUCAUAUUUUUGUAGUUUUCACCCUACAAUUGUAAGCACUGCAAAAAAAAAAAAAAAAAAAAAAAAAGGAAAAAAAAAUGCACUGAAAGAGGUUAUUUACAUUGAAGGGGAAUAUUUGCUAAUGUUACAGAUAUUGAAGAAAUGUAUUCGGUCAGUUGCGCAGUUUUUCUUCUGUUGUGGCAGACUGACUUUACAUGAAGACUUUAUUGAACAAACAUGGCAUUUUCUCCAUUUUUUGCUAUACAGAUUUCUGUCUGUUCUAAUAGCCAGCCUGUACUUUAUAAUCCAUUCUGUACAGUUCUAAUAGAUGUCUAUAUAAAUAGUAUGUUCUCUCUAUAUAUUCUGUUUUAAACAGGCAUCAUGUCAAAUGUGUGACAUUAUAAAGAGAAGAAAAACACAUCUAAUGGGCCUCUGGCAAUAUGUGAGUGUAAAUAUAGUUUAUUUUUUGUAUCAGUGUAUUAUUUCUUUUUCCUGUAGUUGUUCAUAAUGAAAAUACGAUUUUUUUAAUAUCUGUAAUUGAUCAACUAGCCUUUUCCCCUGUGUAGUAAACAAUUUGACGUUACCAACGCUUACUGCGCCCUUUUUUGUUAAACUAAGGGUUGAUUCACAUCCAGGGGGAAAGAGCCAAGAGAGCCCCCCAUCCUUAUUUGAUUACUGAAAAGCUCUUAACAUUGUAUAUGAAAGAAGAACUGUGAUUGAGCACUGGAACACUGUUUAUGCAUUAUUUAUCUUGUAACCCAAGAUUUUUUUACUUUUUGUGAUCAGUUGGGUGAAUCCCACUAAAACAUUUCUUUGUGAAAUGCAUCCGUUUAGGCAACGGGAAUUAGACAUUUAUGUUGCCCUUUUCUUUUAUUGGUUUAGAUGGAUCACUGGUUGUGAGUGAAUGUGUGUGUGUGAGUGAGAGUGCGUGCUCCCAGCAGACUCAAUCUCUCAUGGCUUUAGGUGUCAGUACUCUAUGCUUGUGCAUCCUGUGAGAAGCUUCUGUGCAGUCAGUGGAAAUGUUCCUUGUAAUACUGUGCAUUUAAUAAAAGUGGUAUGUCUUACAA